UGGGAGAGGGAGCCUCUCUGUCAAGAUGAAGUCUGUCCUGGCUCUCUCCAUCUUCCUCUUGUUCCUCGCCGUGGGAGAGACCCUCAUGUGCUACACGUGCAUCUUCCCCUCCCUGACCAAGAGAGAUUGUCUCAAGUUCCCACGCAUGUGUCAACCCACCGAGACCUGCCUACUGAGCAGAGCAGUCGGCAAGAAAGGAAGCCAGAGGCUGGUUCUGUAUGAGAAGGGCUGUGCUCCGACCUCGCUCUGCGGCGUGUGUGGGACCAAGACGGCGAUGGGCAUCGUGUUCACCUACAACAACACCUGCUGCAGUAGCGACCUGUGCAACCAGACGCCUGGCGUGACUCCCUCCCUGGCCCUCAGCGUCUGGCCGGCUGUGCUGCUGACCCUUGGCCUUUCCUCCUGCUGA